AUGGCCAUUGUAAAGUAUCUUACCCGCGUUAGGAACACCACGGAAAGCCAAGGUUCUGUUACGAAUGCGCAGAUCCAGAGUUCUGUAGAGCCCAUCUCAGGACAGCCUCAACCAGGAGCUACUAAUAUUGCUACUCCUCCUGCGCCUCCGUCAAAGGCCAAUGGACUGCUCAGCUCAGACUACUACCUUCAACUUGCCGAAAGGCUUUUGACAGCAGCAAAACCUCCAUCAUCCCAGAAAGCAAAGAGCCAAGGCCCAUAUGAAGGAGUACCUGUAACGUAUCUCUUAGAACAGCUCCUCGCCCACCGGGCAAGCAAAACUACAGGAAAUGUGCUGGCUUUCGUCGAUAACGAUCGCUGGCUCAGCAUUAUUGCGUUUUAUGAAGAAGAGAUUGGUGUUCAGUAUCCCUUUCUCAAUCUUGAAGAGCUGAAGCGCCAAGUCAUAGAAGUUGACCCGAGGAACGCGAAAGAUGAGCAUCAUUUGCUGUCACAACCAUCAUCCGACGCCAUGCCUAGCCGCAGUCAGAUCGAGAACAUUGCGAUUCACAUCUUGGCUAUCAUUUCCAUCUUUGCCGAUGCGCGUGCGAUUGGAAUAGCAAACCCAUGGAUCGAAGAAACAUACGCAGCAACAGUGGCAAGGACUCAGAUUCAGAGCACCAUUAAUGCCGCCGAUCUAUGUCUCCUUAUUCUUGCCGCCAUCUUCUUCUUUCAUAGCGAUAGAGAAGUCCUUGCCUGGAGAGGGAUUGGUAACGUCCUUCGGCUUCUUCAGGAAAAUAGCUCCCGGAACUCGGGGGACCUGAGUCUUCAUGCUGGGAGUCAGAUUGCAUCAUCUGGGGAAAAGUUAUACUGGUGUGUCUAUACACUUGAUCGGCGAUGGAGUUUUGGGACAGAUUUGCCGUUUGCAGUCCAUGACACUGAGAUCGACCGACAUCCCAUGUUAGAUAACGACUCACCCUCCUCGUCCUACGUUAUGAGUAUGGUGUCUUAUUGUCGAAUCUCAUCCGAUGUGAGAAAAUGGCUGCUGGAACCAAUAUCCGGAUCUGCAUCUGACAUGACUCGCGAUUUCCUCGACUUUCGCGUUGUGCAGUGGAAGCGUAAUUUGCCGACCAAGCUUCAAUACGACAGCUCCAAGAAAUAUGACGCAGCAAGGGUGGAUCGUGGAGAGUAUAGGAUUCGCCUGCUCCUUUACCUAAGAGCCAACCAAAUGAGGAUCAUUAUACACAGGACAUCGGCAAAUCGUCUCGCAUCAAAUAACCUCGACCCAUCAACCGUUAAUGUUCUGGCCGAAGUAUCUCAUGAUACUAUUCGGACUCUAGUCCGACUAGCCGACGAAACGGACAUAUACCAUGCACAACAUAAAACAUACAACCAUUUUCUUGAGUCCGCUCUCUCAUCAAUGCUACUCGUGCUGGGAAGCAUCAACGAUGAUGCCAAUCGAGCCUCGUGCCUUCAAGAUGCCUUUGAUGCUGUGGAAUUGAUUCAGCGACUAUCACUAACAUCACCUGUUUCGCAACGUCUUUUAGAACGAUUGCGUAACAUACACGAGGCCAUGGACAGCUUUCGAGCUCGAGGCAGUAGAGCAACGUCGCAGAUGCGUGAUGUCGGUGAAAGGGAUCAGCAGCAACGCGGCAUUAUGGGAUACCCAUUGGAUUCCAACCAACCAAUGGGCUCACCCUCUCAGUCUUUCCCCCAAUCAUCGUCCGCCGGCAUUGCGACUCUUUCACCGGACAUGUCGCACUCGAGACGUGGAUUUGACAUGUCUGGCUCUAUUCUUAAUCUGGCUCAUGAUUUGCCCUUUAUGAAUUUCCCCGAGCUAGGUCAAUUUUUGGAUGACAACCCAGUUAAUUUUACUUUUUAA